UGAAACUUCCCGAAGCAACUUUUGAGGAAGGUAGUGGCUUAGUAAAGGCUACUGAAGAACUAUCAGUCACUCUUAAACUUCAACGAAUACCAUAUUCAGUAACGAUUGCGUUGUUUGAUGGACAGUAUUUAUUGGUUGAUCCAACUGAGGUGGAAGAGUCGAUCACGAGCGAGCAAAUCACUAUUGUUUUCGAUGAAGUAGGACAAUUAUGCUCAAUAUGGAAAGUUGGAGGGCUACCAUGUUCACCAGAGCAUCUAAAGCAAUGCAUGAACGUUGCACGAGAAAGAUAUAAACAAAUAAGCAUGAUU